AUGAGUGAUGCCUUAAGGGCAUCUAUUACUGCAGCUACUACUGCUGUCUACCGAUUUCACAGCGACAGUAACGAAAGUAAUGCUUCUUCGUUGGAUACUCAUUUGGGGAAAUUGGUCGAGUUGACAAAUAUUUUGGAUACAUCAGCCAGAUUAAGCAUACAUGAUCGUCAGUUAUGCGAUCUGCUUCGUUAUUGUUCGAUGCUACUGAAUGGUAUUUCUACAUCGGCAGUUACUCGUUCUCGUUUACAUCUUUUUCUUUUCAACUUAGCUUUUCACAAUAUCUCAAUCAGAAGGUACUUGGCAGGAGAAAAUCUGCAAAUAUGUGGGUCAGUUUUUGAAUGCUUAAAGUUGUCACUGCGAGAACAGCUUGGCCCACAAAAUCUUAUUGACGUAUUGCGACUACUUCAGGUACUCACUUAUGAACGAAAUGUAGUGCUUGGAUUAUGGACAAAUGAUCUUAUUUCAUUUCUUUUAAGCGAAGUGACUUGUGAUGAUGAACCAGAAUGGCUUCCUUAUUGUAUAGCCAUACUAUGUAAUCUUGCUGCUCGAUCGAAAUCAGCUUGUUUAAGAAUACGCAAAUCGUCAUCCUACAAAGUUUUCACUCACAAACUGCUAAAGCUAUUAGCUCAUGACUCGCGAACUGUAGUUAUUUCAUCUCUUGUACUAGUCGGUUUUCUGGAGGAAAAACUUCGUGAUACGGUAUUUUGUUCUCGGAACAUUCCUCAAACAUUCCGGUGUGUUUUCAAUGUUUUGAUUUUGGGGGACCAUUUGAUGACGCGACAUAUUGCUGUUGAUCUGCUGAAGCGAUUAAUCAUUAAUGACUGUUCUGAUAUAUCAUCACUUCCAACAAUUACGUCUACAGGCAAAGAUCUUGUUUCCUAUUCAUAUUUUGAAAACACGAUUCAACGUGUUGCAGGCCUUUUUGUUCAAAUUGAUCCUCGCACCGAGGAGUCACUUAAAGUAUACGAUCUUUUUUUAUCAUUUUGUUCGAUGGCACAGUUACGAUCAGCAACUGCCCAAGCUGUUUUACGGUGCUCAGUACACAAUGAAAGAUUGACAACUCCAAUUCUAGCUAUUUGCAACACAUCUAAUCUCUCUUUCGAUGAAGCGAUUGAGCCUGAAAUCCCUUUGAAGGCUCUUCGUCUUCUCAUUUAUUUGCUGCAGGAACUAAUCGAAAACGAUGGUCAUGUACAAGAUGUUUUGCCCACGGAACAUAUUUUACGACUUAUCGAAAAUAACACAAAAACGGCGAUUGAAACAGUCAGCAACUUUGUAAAAUUUCAGUGCCAAAGAAUAACUGAGGGGUUACGCCUCGUUGAAACGGUUUCAAAUGAUGAUGAAACAAGAACUUAUUUAUUCGAAGUUGUCACUGCUCCGCUUUGCUCUCACAUCAUCGAAUCACAAAUGAUCUCAAAUACUGUUGUUACUUACGUAGGACAGCCUGCAAUGCAGCGUAGUGGAUCUUUGCCUGAAUGGUGCGUCGAUGGUGUAGCAGUCGUUUUGAAACUGCUGAGAGUUCUGACCAUACUGAAAGAUCAUUCAAAACCACACAAAGAUUUAUAUUGGAAAAUACUGAAGGAUGACCGCUUAGUGCCGUUUAUCGCAUAUGCAGUUGUUGGUGGUGGUGCCGACUUGACUCAUGAAGCUUUACUUCUUUACAUACAUUGUGCACAAAGUCACACUUUUCCUACAAAAUGGUUGGGAGAUUUGAUAGCAGGCUAUCGUGAAGAAAAGAUUUUGGCAUCUAAUGCAGCAAGGAUCUGUUUAUCUCGCGACAACUCCGAAGUUAGCUUAAAUGGUGAUGUUGGUGGUUUCGCAGUAGAUAAUAAAAAAACAUCCAGUGAUCGUUUGAUAGAUAAAAGUGAGACUGUAAAACAAGUCGGUGAUCUGCUGGAUAAGCUACAGCAAGAGAAUGUUCUCAAAGAUCCUCGAGUAUCGCAGUUAUUAAAUAUGUAUGAAAAGGAGGUACGAACUUUGAAGAUUCGGGAAAAAGAAUUGGAAAGAAUAGUAGCAAAGAUGGAAGAGUCGUUGCGUCAUCAUGAAGAUCAUAAUCUGCGUAACAAAAAAGAUAAUGAAAAUGAGAUAAUAAGUCUUCGAAAAUUGGUUGCUGAUUGCGAAAAAAAAAUCGAAAAUUUAAACGCGUUGCUAACUUCUCUCUAUUCAGAGAAAAGAGAAACAGAAGAAACGUGUGAUGCUUAUAAGAAAAUAGUGGAGGAUAAAAAAAUGGAACUGGCUGUGCUCAAUGACGAGCUUGAAAAAAUAACACAAGAAAAAAACAUUUUACAAGAAGAAAAUAAAAGCGAACGAGAGCUUGCUACACUUGCGAAGAGUCGUUACGACGAACUGAGGAAAAAAUUUGCCCAAGCAUCAGAUGCUUUGAUUAAUAAGGACAAAGAAUGUGUUCAACUCGUCAAUGAAUUUAAAAUUUUGGAACUGAAUUUAGUGGCUAAAAAAGCCGAAAACAACGAGAUGGCUGAGAGUUUGAAGCAUGCACAGAAGAAACUGGAGGAGAUGACGAAUGCUAAGGACUCUGAAGUGAAAUGUUUGAAAAUUUUGCUGGAUGGGAAAGCUGAAGAGAUUGAACGUCUCAACAAGGAGUUGCAGAAAGUUUUGAAAUUCAAAGACCAGAUGAUGCAGAUGAUGAACGAGAUUUAA